AAAAAAAAAAAAAAAAAAAAAAAAAAUUCGAGCAAAAACGGAUGGAUCGUCAGGAACCAAGCCAGCGGACAAGUCGUAAUCGCUACUGGUUUUGGUCUUGGGGCAGUGUCUGGUAGGAUCCCGACCGUGCGUCUCAAGGGGGCGCAGCACAACUGCAUUUUGGAAUGCUGCUAUUGGGCUUUUCCGGUAUAUAAGUUGGGACCGGAAUCGUCCUUUACAUUGAAUAGAAUCCAGCAGAACCACAUUGAAAACAGAAAACCGCCGAGGUGAUCAUAUAUCAAAAGAACAAGUCCUGAUUGUUCUCGUUGAAACUUAGUGAAAACUCUCAAGAGUUGAAAGCGGUCUUGCCUUAUCUCGUGACUUAUCAAUAAUAAUCAUUGAUUGUCCCCCCGCCACCGUCAACUCCCUUUCUCCUCUUCCCUUCCUCUCUACUUCAAAGACACCCCCGGGUCUCUCUCAAAUCUCAAUUCAAAUAUCGAAACACAUAAUGCCUGGACUUACCACUUCUCCGGAGUCAAUCUCCGCCCCUCCCUCCUUCAGCGUCAACAGGGCCUCUCGGUCAUCUUCGGCAUCACGACCAGCCCUCACGCUCGAUCUCUCUAAUCUUCCAACAAUGUCUCAACCAGCCAAGCCAACAAACACCCUCAUCAUAACCGAACUCAGCAAUAUCCUCCUCUUCCAACCCGCCUCUCUUGCCACUCUCCGCGCACAACUCGAAUCCAUCGCGCCCCUGAACUCAUUCUCUCCGCUCCCCUCUCUCCGCCGCCUCAUCUGUUCCUUCUACACUGAAGAAGACGCUCUCGGGGUCCGGAAACUCCUCGACGGCCAACUCCUUGAGCACAACGUUCGCCCGAAGGUCUACUUCGGUGAACCCACCCCAAUCCUGGAUGAAGAGGAAUCCCGCCGCCCAAAGCUCCUGGAGGCCCCCCAUGCCGACAAGCUCUUUUUCAUCAGCCCGCCACCCAGCCCCCCGCACGGAUGGGUCAUGCGCAACGAGGAACCCCCGAACAAGGAGGUGCACGCCAGCGAUCUCGCCAGCGCCCUGGCCAAGUUGAAGACCGAGCAAUCUAGUGUCCACGAGGUUAUCAACCAGACCUGUGAACCCGGUACCCCGAUGUCCAUGACCUCUGAUAAGCGCACGGGGAGCUGGCCCGUCUCUAUGUCCGGACAGCGCAGCAGAAGCAGCACCCUUAUUUACCACCCUGAGGAACAUGGCGGAAGUCCCAAUCUGCCUGCUGUUAUGGUCGAGGAUACGACCAUCAUGGUGGAUGACUUGGAAAUGGAUGUGAGCCCCAUUGAGAUGCCGAUACGGAAGGCUCCGCCGAAGACGUCUCGACCUCCUGUUGAAUUGAUGUGUUGAAUGCAUGAGAUUUGAUACGUGGUCGUUUUAGCAAUUUGUGGAUACGUUUAGGAUGUGCUUUAGCGUGUGCAUUUGGCUUGUUUUUCCAUCUUUGUAUACUUGCAUGGGUUUCUAUGUUGUUAUCUGGGAUGCAUUGAUGGUUUUUCUAUCUCUUGUGCUUUAUUGAAUCAUUGGCGGGGCGUUUUGGAGGAUAUUGUGAUCAUGACACAUACGGAGUUGGUUUGCUUCCCCUGCAAUAAUUUAGAUACACAUUUAUGCCAUAUAUAGGUCGAAUUACUUAUUUACUUGCACAUAUCUUUCUCAUGUGA